CCAAUUGUGGGCAACAUCAGAAACUUCAUUCUCUACACGCGUUGAGUCGAGUCCUUUCAGUCCUUAUCAGUUUCAUUUCCUUCGCAAUAAUAAGAACAGCAAAAGAACACCCAAAAUCCGAAUCAUUUUUGUUAAUUCCUUCCCUUUUUUGCAAUUCUGCUGAUUGUAAUAUACUUCAACUUCAACUUCAACUUCCCCACAUAAAAAAGUAGACGACAGAUCGUAUUUCGCGACUCUGGGAGUUACUUCACAACCAUUUUCCUCUCUUUUUCCUCCCUCCGAUUCCUUUCUCUCACUUGUUUUCUUCGAAUCUCACACCAUUUUCCCUUGUUUUUCUCUCUUUUCUUCUUUGCGACGCUACCCAUCUCUCUGAAUUUCCCAUUUCGAUGAAAUCAGUUCGAUUCGAAGAUGUUGAUUGUUAUGCUUGAGAAUUUCGUGAAAAUAAGAUGCAGAUCAAGUGUUUGAUGAAUUGUCAAAGAAGCUGGUGUGAAAUCUGAGUGAUGUUAUGAUAAUUCAUGCUUUUGGAGAAGAAAUGAACUGGCUGUAAUGGAUUAAGCUAUUGGAUUGACAAUUGGGAAGCAAAAAGGAGGAGAUGAAAGGGGAGUCAUCUGGGUUGAUUAUUGGGAUUUCAAUAGGAGUUGUGAUUGGUGUUCUUUUGGCGAUUUUGGCUCUCUUUUGCUUUCGGUAUCAGCGGAAACGUUCACAGAUAGGAAAUAGCAGUUCCCGGAGGGCGACGACGAUUCCUAUCCGGGUCAAUGGUGCUGAUUCGUGCACUAUACUAUCAGACUCAACCUUAGCUCCAGAGUCUCCUGUUAAAUCUGGCCAUAAUGGCAUGUCUCACUGGCUUGAUGGAUUGAGGAAAAGUAACGUGGUAGCAGCUUCUGGGAUACUUGAGUAUUCUUACAGGGAUCUGCAAAAAGCUACAUCCAAUUUCACGACUGUAAUAGGACAAGGAGCGUUCGGUCCUGUUUAUAGAGCUCAAAUGGCUAGUGGUGAAACGGUUGCGGUUAAGGUGCUUGCAACUGAUUCCAAACAAGGGGAGAAGGAGUUCCAAACAGAGGUUAUACUACUCGGAAGGUUGCAUCAUAGGAACCUCGUAAAUUUGGUUGGAUACUGUGCCGAAAAAAACCAACACAUACUUGUAUAUGUAUAUAUGAGCAAAGGAAGCUUGGCUUCUCACUUAUACGGGGUGAAGAAUGAACCACUGAGCUGGGAACUGCGGGUUCGUGUGGCAUUAGAUGUUGCACGGGGACUGGAAUAUCUCCAUGAUGGUGCAGUUCCACCAGUAAUACACCGUGAUAUCAAGUCUGCAAAUAUUUUGUUGGAUGAUUCCAUGAGAGCUAGGGUUGCCGAUUUCGGGCUUUCUAGAGAAGAGAUGGUCGAUAAACAUGUAUCCAAUAUUCGUGGAACUUUUGGGUACCUAGAUCCUGAAUAUAUAUCUACAAGAAAAUUCACGAAGAAAAGCGAUGUUUACAGUUUCGGAGUAUUGCUUUUCGAGCUUAUAGCUGGCAGAAACCCGCAGCAAGGCCUUAUGGAGUAUGUCGAACUUGCAGCCAUGACUUCAGAUGGGAAAGUUGGGUGGGAAGAAAUCAUGGACGACCGUUUAGAUGGAAACUUUAAUAUACAAGAGCUGAAUGAAGUUGCAGCUCUAGCAUAUAGGUGUGUCAACCGUAGCCCCCGAAAACGACCUACCAUGAGAGACACCGUACAAGUGAUCUCACGUAUUAUUAACCUGAGGCUCGAACACAAGCACCAUAGAAAAUCUCUGUCAGCCACGACAGAUGAAGUAACUGUCGAUAUCGACCACGUCUCCGAGCACUUUAGAAAGGAUUCAAUGGACAGUGCUUCGGAUACCAAUGAACUUUAGACCCUAGCUUCCCUUUUUGGUGGUUUUUCUCUUGAUUGUUUGUCUUGUAGUUCAUAUUCUCUUUGAUCUUGUGUAUGAUAGUUGAUUCUUUCACUCUUUUAAUGACUGAAAUUUUGUACAUUACUGAAUAUAGAAAACUUUGUAAAGUUUCUUCACUGUAAUGACCCACAAUUGUUACAAGAACUCUCCUCGAGUAGUUUGUGAAUGAAAAUAUCGAAAUAUUGUUACGACCUUA